CUGUUGUUUGCGGCGCCGGCCCCUCCAGAGGGGCGUUCUCCGGAGAGGCCGCAGCGACUCCCAGGGCCGCUCGUCCGUCCGUCCCCGUGUCCCCGUCUCGGCGCCGCGCGGGCCCAACAUGGCGCAGGACGUGUCGGACUACCUGCGGCAGCACCCGCGGGCGGCCGCCUGGGUGGAGGCGCUGCGCGGCGACGGCGAGACGGACAAGCAGUGGCGCCACCGGCGCGAGUUCCUGCUCCGCAACGCCGGCGACCUGGUCCCGGCCGACGGCGGCGAGGGCGAGGGCGGCGAGGGCGAAGGCGACGCGGCCUCCGCGGCGGCCGGCGAGGAGGCGGAGAGCGGGGCCCGGCGGCGGCGGCGGCAGCUGCAGCAGCUCGUGUCCUUCUCCCUGGCCUGGGCCAACCACGUCUUCUUGGGGUGCCGGUACCCUCCAAAAGUUAUGGAUAAAAUACUUAGUAUGGCUGCAGGCAUCACAGUGACAGAUGCGCCAACCCAUACCACCCGAGACGAACUGGUUGCCAAGGUGAAGAAAAGAGGGAUUUCGAGUAGCAAUGAAGGGGUAGAAGAGACACCGAAGAAACGAAUUUUAGAGGGAAAAGGAGGUUCUGCGGUUGAACAGAACCAAGCAAAAAUUUCUGCCAAAACAGAAAGUGCAUCAGCGCCCCAGGAAAAUAGCUCGACCAGUGUCCUGGCAUCUGCCAAGCCAGAACGGAGCGGAAGCGGGAGCGAACAGAAUGGGAACUCAGCCCAGAGCGGCAGCACCGAAGACGGGGGUCACACUGGGACCACCCCGAGUGGCAGUGCUUCCUCUCAGGUGACAGCAGCAUCUGGGAAAGCUGACUCUGAAGCCCCAGGCAAGCUUGGGUCAGCUGCCUUUGUGAGUUCCUUGUUGAAAUUAAGUGUGAACAGUCACCUGAGCCAACCCAGUGAUAACCGGCCAGCUAGUGGCUCACCGAAAAGGAGUGCUCUGGAGGGCUCAGCCCUGGCCACCUCUUCAAGCCUGUCAGAGAUAGAGGUGCCCUUGCUGGGCGCCUCUGGGCGUGUAGAAGUUGAGCUGCCGCUGUUGUCUUCUAAGCCCAGUCCUGAGACUGUUUCCAGUGGGUUAGCUGCCAAACCUAGUUCAGAGGCAAGUGUUGCACCAUCAGUUUCUAAAAACAGUUCCUCCGUGGGUACGUCGCUGCUAACCCCCAAGAGCAUCCCCUCUACAAAUCCACUGCUGGCUUCCAAAAGCACUUCCCAGGUAGCUGCUUCACUGUUGGCUUCCAAGAGCAGUUCUCAGACGUCCUCUCUGGUUUCCAAAAGCACUUCCUUAGCAGGUGUGUCCCAGCUAGCCUCCAAGAGUACCUCGCAGACUAGCACGUCACAGUUGCCUUCCAAAAGUACUUCCCAGCCCAGCGAGAGUUCUGUCCGAUUCUCCUGUCGCAAGUUAACCAACGAAGACGUGAAGCAGAAGCAGCCUUUUUUCAACAGACUGUAUAAAACGGUGGCAUGGAAGUUGGUGGCUGUCGGUGGCUUUAGCCCCACUGUGAAUCAUGGGGAGCUCCUAAAUGCCGCUAUUGAGGCUUUGAAAGCGACCCUGGAUGUGUUUUUCGUCCCACUAAAAGAACUAGCAGACUUGCCUCAAAAUAAGAGCUCUCAAGAAAGUAUUGUUUGUGAGUUGAGGUGCAAGUCUGUGUACUUGGGCACAGGCUGUGGAAAAAGCAAAGAAAAUGCAAAAGCGGUUGCUUCGAGAGAAGCAUUGAAGUUGUUUCUCAAGAAAAAGGUGGUGGUAAAAAUUUGUAAGCGGAAAUACAGAGGUAGUGAGAUUGAGGACCUAGUACUCCUGGAUGAAGAAUCGAGGCCUGUCAACUUGCCUCCGGCGUUAAAGCAUCCCCAGGAGUUACUAUAAUGUGUCCCUAAUGUCACUGCACACAUGACUUGGCAUUGGAAGAGAAAAACUGGCUUCUUUUGUAUAAAAUGAACAUAGGCUUUCACAAAUUUUGUAUUGCUUUUUUCCAGUUUUGCAGGAAAAUUUACAUUCUAAUUCUCUUCACAUGGACGUUGUAAAUUUACAAAUGAUGGUAAAUAAAAGAUAUGCACGAAGCCGUGUAUACUGUUGCAUUGGCCGAAGAACACAGUCUUCUAUUUUUAAUGAUUCAUAGGUACGAUGUGUAGCUCUGUAGUUGGAAACUUUUCUACUUUGGUGAAAAUGUCCUAAGUUGUCUACCAUGCUUUGUUUCCCUCACUUCAGCAACCUCAAAGAAAAGGGGACCAUAGUAUUUGAAUGUCUGGAAGUCCGUGAUCUUUAAGGCUGUUAAGAACGUUGCCUGUACUGUUGGAUGUCUGCUAAGGAAUAAAAAAAAAAAUAGUUGCUUCAGGCUAUUUUUAUGAGAAGUUGUAAGCAUUUUUAGAUAUAAAGCAGUAUAAAUUACUUAAGGUUAUUUUAUCCUGAAGUUGCUUGAAAUGCACCAUAAUUUUGGCACUGCAGAUUCUUUAAGUGGGUUAAUUUAUGUUUUGAUGUAAAACAAUUUACACUUUUUCUUAAAGACAUAAAUGUGGGUUUCUAUAUUGAGCAUAUUUUGUGACUACUAUUAACAAAUUGAUUUGUUUAGAUAUUAAAUGCUUUAAGCUAUUUUA